CCUAAGCCUUUACUCUUUCAUUCACUAUUUUAUCCCAAGAUUUAAAAAUAGACUUUUACAACGCUGCUGGGGGAGAGGGGAUGGUGUCUCAGUCAAAGGAGACGAAGGAUGGAAAUGCAAGCCAAGAGAAAUCGUGGCCGAAGAAGGAGGCGCUGGGAUGGAUGGAGUGGCUGAGGGGGUGGCUGUACCUGGCAUAUGAGAUGCUGUUCCAGAGGAUUGCCGCCAGCCACUUGGAGAACCCCAUGCCUCUCCCUCCCAUCAACGACCUUACGUGCAUCGUCACUGGCUGUACCAGCGGCAUCGGCCGAGAAACUGCUAGACAAUUGGCAGAAUCAGGGGCUCAUGUUGUAAUGGCAGUCAGAAAUACAAAUGCUGCAAAUGAAUUGAUAAAGAAGUGGCAAGGAGAUUGGGCUGGGAAGGGCCUUCCCCUUAAUAUCGAGGUCAUGGAACUUGAUCUACUUUCCUUGGAUUCUGUUGUGAGGUUUGCUGAUUCAUGGAAUGCUCGUGGAGGACCGUUACACAUUCUCAUUAACAAUGCAGGGAUAUUUUCUAUUGGAGAACCACAGAAGUUUUCCAAGGAUGGGUAUGAGGAACACAUGCAGGUGAACCAUCUUGCUCCAGCAUUGCUUUCCAUAUUGCUCAUACCAUCCCUAAUCAGAGGUUCUGCAAGCAGAAUCGUCAAUGUGAACUCCAUUAUGCACUAUGUCGGAUUUGUUGAUACAGAAGAUAUGAAUGUUGUGUCUGGUAAGAGAAAGUACACCAGUUUAAUCGGAUACUCGGGCAGUAAACUUGCACAGAUCAUGUUUAGUAGCAUACUUCACAAGAGGCUGCCAACUGAAGCUGGCAUAAACAUUAUAUGCGUCUCUCCUGGGAUUGUUCAAACCAAUGUUGCAAGGGAUCUGCCUAAGAUCAUUCAAUCAGCAUAUCGUCUGGUACCUUAUUUUAUAUUCAAUGCUGAGGAAGGUUCUAGAAGUUCACUUUUUGCAGCCACUGAUCCUCAAGUCCCUGAGUACUGUGAGAUGUUGAAAGCAGACGAGUGGCCAGUGUGUGCAUUCCUGUCUCAAGAUUGUCGCCCAACCAAUCCCUCUGAAGAAUCAUACAACAUUGAAACUUGUUACAAGGUUUGGGAGAAGACCUUGGAAAUGAUUGGCCUUCCUUCAGAUGCUGUCGAGAGGCUUAUCGAGGGGGAUGUAGUUGAGUGCAGAUAUGGAAAACCAAAGGAUUAGUUUUCUAAUUUAAUACACGGCCAGUUCAGUUCAGCUUCCUACACAAGCUAUAUCUCAAACACAGAUUCCGUCUUUGCUGUUUGGCGUUCCUAUCUUAGGUUUCUUUUUGGAGUGGUAGGGAAAAGGGGAGAGAGCAUGGCUUUUCUGCACAUGGAUGAAACUGACCUGAUGAUACAGCCUCGAAUCUGUCUCCUUUUCUAGCUUUGGGCUCUAGUAAGUCCGACUGUCCGAGUCCUAUACAUGUUGGGUGAGCACUGAACUGCUAAAGGUGUCACUCUUUUGUGUGGCGGCACACAAUGUGCAAGGAAAAUAAUUCUUGUUCUUUGUGCACCAAGUAUUCUUGGUCUAUACACUUAACAUCCUUGCACCUACGAAUCUACGAUUGAUUGAUAUUCAAGUGUAUUGUAACUUCAACAUUUAAACCCAACACAG